CAAUGGGAAGCGGCGGCUCUGCGGGACGGAGGGAGCGGGAGCGGCCGGGCCGGGCCGGGUCGGCUGCUGCCAUGUCCCCGUGCGGGCGAGGGAUGAAGGCGGAGGCCGAAGGCCGCGGGUUCCCGGCGGGACCCGGGGUCAAGGUGUUCCUGCACUGGAGUGGGGGCAGGGAGCAGGAAAGGUACCAGGUGUAUUCCCAAGGAUCCCUGAGCGCCGAGGAGAUCUGCAUGGACCUGGCCCAGAGGAUUGGUGAGGGGUUCAGGGCUCGGCACCGAGCCUGGACAUGCUUUUAGUUUUUAUUUUUAUUGAUUUUUUAUUUUUAUUUUAUUUUUAAUAAUUUUUUUUUUUUUUUAAUUUUUUUUUGGUGGGUGUGGUCGCGU